GUCCCGAGGAGGGAGGGCAGGCGGCGCCGCGGGGAGCGGAGGCGGGCCCCGGCGGGACUCGCGGCGCCCCCGCUACGCCAAGGCCGCUCCUCGCUCCCGGUGUCUGGUUCUCACCGGGUCUGGUCCGCGCCGAGGCCGGCUCGCCGCCACCGGUGUCCAGGAAAAGGCGCGGGGCCUACAAUGCCGCCGGGUCCCUGGGGCGCCGCGCCCUGAGCGCCCGGCCGGGGUCGCGCCGAAGGCCCCCGCGCUCCCGCCGCCCCGCUCUCCCAGCAACUCGGGCUCGCUCGGCGCCGCCAUGGCCUCCGCGACCCGGGGGGACGCGCGCUCGGGGCGCAGGCGGCCUUCGCGGCUGCGGGCGCUGCGCGGGCUGCUGCUGCUCUGCCUGUGGCUGCCGCGCGGACGCGGGGUCGGGCCGCCGUCGCUACUGCGCGGAGAGCGGGGGCCGCGAGGCGCCGCCGAGGGCUGUCCUGGCGGGGACGGCGGUGGUUACCGCGCCCUCCCCGGCGCCAUCAUCCGCCCCAAGGCCUCCCUGGCGGCAGGGGCGCGCUUCCUGCGGGCGCCGACGGGCGUGCGGGACGGGCGCCAGUGCGCGGCGGCCUGCUGCUCGGAGCCGCGCUGCUCGCUGGCGGUGCUCAGGCUGCCCAGGCCCCCCGCCGCCGCGCUCGGCUGCUACCUCUUCGACUGCACUGCCCGCGGCCGCAGCGUCUGCACCUUCGCCCCGCAUCGCGGCUACACCAGCUACAGCCUCCGCCGCGCCGCACCGGGCGGCCUGGAGCACCCGCACCCAGACGCCUCCGCCCCGGGCUUGCUGCCGCUGGAAAAUGAUGAGCCUCCACUUAGCCAGGCUGGGCAGGAUGUGGUUGUGCACCUGCCUGCAGACGGGAUGAUCCUGGACGGCCACACAAGCUCAGAUGACCACGCCAUAGUCCAGUACAAGUGGACGCUGCUGCAGGGCGACCCCUCUGUGGACAUGGAGGUGCCUGGGUCGGGAAAGCUGAAGCUGCCCCACCUGCGAGAAGGCGCCUACACCUUCCAGCUGACGGUGACCGACGCGGCCCUGCAGAGAAGCUCCGACAACGUCCCGGUGACCGUGCUGCCCGCGGCCGGCUCUGCGCCAGUGGGCAGGAACCGGAAGACGGAGACUGAUGCGCCAGCUAAUCCCACCCAGCCAAAGAUCGGAGGCCCAAGUGAAGAUGCGGUGCGGGAUGCCUUGUUGGGUAAAGCCCAGAAAGCCCCAGCCACCAAUCAGCCAUCUGCAUUGUCAGCCCCAGAGAAGAUGAAUCCUUCCGCUUUUUGGACACCAGAGAGCCAGAUGGGUCCAGCAAUGCCAGAUAGUCGCUCCUCAGGGAAGAACAGAAAAGAGGAAAACUCUAUUUUUAAGUCAAAGAAUGAUCGAGGAGGAGUGGAACACCCAUCCCCAGAAACAGGUAAAGGUGCAGUGCUUCCACUGGCUUUAGGCAUGGCCAUCACUGCUUUGCUACUUCUCAUGGUUGCCUGCAGACUACGACUGGUGAAACAGAAACUUAAGAAAGCUCGUCCCAUAACAUCUGAGGAAUCGGACUACCUCAUAAAUGGGAUGUAUCUCUAAUAAAUGGGGGCAAGCUCGGGGGGAAGCACAUGUUCCAAUUACACUUUAUCAGGUUGUGGAAAUUUACCACCUCUUUUGUUUCUAAUUGUACUAAGGAAACUACUGAAAAUCCAGAAGAUUCUGCAAAUCCUAAACUUUUGUUUUUAUUAUUUAUUGUGGAGGGAUUUUUUGUGUAUGAGAAGUAUGUGAAAUAUUUUGAAAUAUAGAGAGGAGUCCACAUCUAUAAAGACAUUUACAAAUCUCAUUCUGAUUUACAGAACUGUCCUGAAAGUUGAAAUUUGUAGUAAGCCAAGGCAGAAAAUUCCAUCUCUCAAGAGGUGGCCUUAGGAUGGCAGUGUUAACCCUUUGCUUUUAGAAGCCAACCAUUGGCCUAGGGCAAACUCGAACCCUUCAUGCACAGUGUCCCCUCAUUCAGUAGCCCUCCUAGUCCCCACCUGAAGCCACCACUGCUCUCCUUUCUCUUCUCCCUUUCAGAACCUCCUGGGAAUGGAUCUCAAGUGAGCUUAUACCUCGUAUGAGAUGUUCUCUGUUGCAGGAAUGUCUGAAUUACAAACCUUAGGAGCAAAUCGAUGAGGCCUCAGGGAAGAUAAACAUGGGUUGUUCCCAGUGCCGCUGGCAUCAUGUCAUUGCGAUGCCUUGUUAAGCUGAACUUUGGGAGAAGAAACUCAAACCGUGCAUUACAAAUGGCUCUAAGAUGGUCUUGAAGUGAGAUGGGGAAGCAGGGAACCUGGCAGGCCAAAAGUUUUAACAGAAAAUGACCUGAGGCAAAGUGAGCAAGGAAGACGAUUGGUACUUUCCUGUAUUUAUUCAACACUGCUUCAUGGUCCAGAACACUGCAGCUUGUUCCUAUAACCGCUGGUUUUCAAACUCAGUCAUUGUUUGAUGGAAGAGAAAAAUGCAUUCAAACAGAAAAGCAGAACACUGAGUGGAUUUCUGGGUACAACUUCUGUAAAAGUGUCACCCAUGUUUAGGUAUCAGCAAGUUCUCUUGUCCAAUUUGGAAGGAGCCAGAAUUUUCCAUUAUUUUUAAUGCUAUUAAAUAAAAUGUUACCAUGUGGAAUCAGCUAAUGCCAGGCUUAUGGUUUCUGGAGCAUAAAGUGAUUUUGCACAAAUUCAUCUUUACAGAAAACCAGCAUCUAGCAUAGCAUCUUUCCCCCUUUAAUCUCUAGGAUUUUAAAAACAAAUUAUUCCCAUCAUCAUUUAAUAUGAGGAGUCUAUGCAGUCUAGAAAUGAGUCUCCUGAGAGAUAUUUAUAGUGUGGUGCUUGUCUACACUCACAUGAUGUUCAUAGUUACAUAAUUUUUUUUACCAUGCCUGGCAAAUCUUAUUAAAAACUUGAAAAACAUUAGAGUGUAGAACAUAUUAUCUUCAGAUUAAAUGCGAAGUAAAGCUAUUCAUUUAGCAAUUUGGAUGGGGAUAAUAACAUAUCACAAUACAUUAAUAAAUGGAAAUGUUACUUGUAGAAAACAAAGAAGUAUCUAGCUGUUUCCUGAGAAACUCAAGCAUUUUGUUGAAUGUUUAGAGUUGAGCAAAGAUUUAAAUUUCUCAAGAGCAGUUUGGAGAAAUUGUGUGAAUGAGCUUAAGACGUGUGUACUCUCUCUCUAAGGCUGUACAGUUUUUUUAUAGAGAAGGUUGUCACCUACAGACACACCUAAUAAAAUAAAAACUGAUGAGGCAUGUGUUUUUCAGCACCGCAUCUUUUAUACAUGAAGAGAUACUUGAGAAAAGAUGUCCAGUGUCUAUGUAAACAAUGUUCCUUUAAUAAAUUGCAUUUUAUUCUUAAA